ACAUUCCAAGAACUGGGUUAAUUUAACGCAACAAAUUGGAGUCGUUUUCACACUAACUUCCUCAAUCCAUCUAACAAUGGAAGCAAAACAACUAAUCGAACAACAUACCUAUCAAGUAUACUCCACAGUAGAAGUACCAUUGACCUUCAUUUAACCAAUUAAUUGUAAUUUUCAACACAUUCUCUCUCCUCCUAGUAUCGUGACAAUCACCACCAACCGCCGCACCAUCACCACCAACCUCCACUAAUUUCUCUCUCCUCCCCCUACACCAUCGCCCUCUCUCCACCUCUCCUCCACCCCCACAACCACAAUUCCAACUCCAAAUCCCACUUCCCCAAUCCCAACCCCCCUAAAAAAAACAAUUCUAAACAUACACAACAUGGGUCAAUUUAACAAACCCAGUUUCACCCCUUCGGUGUUAACCACGCCAUAAACUCCCAGUCCGACCCCGAUUUAGUCUUCAGCAUCUUACUUUCCAACUGCUUAUUGCCAUUAGUGUGAAAAAAUGAAAAUACCAAUACUUACGACAUGAAAACGUCAAAAAUGGAAUUAAAAACCACAACCAACAUCUAACCAUGAGUUACUUUCAGUUAACUAUGUCAACCCAAAACUAACGGUCGUUAAUCUAUGGACGAGACCCACAAAGGGACAAAGAUAGUACAAUUUAUGUUAAUCUAGGAGAUAAAUGGGGGCAUGCUCGCGUUAGAUAAUAAAAGAACUAAAUGUGGUAAUAUUAAAAUAAAGUUACCAUUAAUUAAACUAAACGACGGAUGAUUUUGAAUUAAUACUAUUUUAAAGUCUUAUUUGUGCUUCCCUUUAGAGCUCAUUUCUUUUACGCUUGCACACUUCUCUAGUUCUCUCCUCUAUUGAACCGUACUCUGAAUCCUCCAUUGAAGCGGCUUCUGAGCUUUCUCUCCUCGAUUGAACCGGCUUCUCAGCUUUCUUUUCUCCAUUGAAGCAACUUUUGAGGCCUUUGAUUAUAACCCUUUAAUGUUAGAACGGAACUCUGAAAAUGGACCUGAGCCCAGGGCAGGCGCCCCUCCUGCCCCGGCUCAGGGUCGGGCCUUCGCCGAAGAGGGGAAGGAUCCAUUGGAGUGGAAAAACAUGAGUACUACCAGUGAUAAGGUGGAAAAUGGCCAACCAAUUACGAAAAAACGGCUUCCAAAGAAAAUUAGGCAGAUCCCAGAAUGUUAUUUCCUUCCCAGGAAAUCUAUACCCUCCGCAAUUGCAUUUUAUGGAUCCUUUAUUGUAGCUGGAGUUGGUGCUGGCAUGCUUUGGGAGGUUUGGAUCAACAAGAAAGUUAAAGAGGAUGGAGGUAUUAUCUGGGAGUUCAACAAAUGAAGCCAAAGAGAAUCAAUUGUCUCCAUCACAUCUAUGUAGGCCUUUUCUUAUCUAACUGAAUGGUUACCAACUCGGAACGGGUUGUGCAUAAAUUUUUUUGAUUUUGCUUUGAAAAGGUUUUUUUUUUUUUUUUUUUGUUUUCUUUCAUUCUAUUUGCUGAUGGAUUUCUUGUCAAUAUGGUUCACACUGCCUAGUUGAUGAAGGCUUGGUCGAUUAGUAGUGUUGUAGACAUUUUGGUUCAAUAGCUAUGAUACGGGGAGUAUAAUUGUAUGACUGCCAUGCUUGCUGCAUUAAUGCAGAAACAGAGCUCAUGUGGACUUAUAUUUUUGCUUGUACUGAUCAGGCUAUCUCUACUCUUUAUGGGUCCUUUUUCGGAGAGCAUUGUAGGUACAAAACUCGACGAAUCUGUACUGUGUUAACUUUAUAUCAUUCAUCUAUUUUUAUGUCAAAGGCGCUGGAACUUCAGGUUUGUGGUCUAAUGCCAUCACUGUUUUGCCUUUAUCAUCCGUAUGAUGCUGUCAAUGCUCUUUUGGAGAGCAUAUUUUGUGCAAAUUAUUACUGCUAACACUAGAGCUUCCAGACUCUUGCUUGUCUUUUGGAAGAUAUUGACAGUUAUUUUUAUACUUUGGUUUUGGUAAACUUCAAAUUCUCAAUGUUAGAGAUAUGAGAUGAAGUAAUCAAUGUCAGAAUAUACAUUUGUGUGAUUCCAGGAUGAUAUUACUCCUCCGUCAUGUAAUAAUCGCAACACAUUUUUUUUCUUCCAUUUCUUAUUUGAUAAGAACCUACUUUUUUUUU